ACGUGGACGCCACACCAGAAACCCGCCGAUCGGUGACUAAUCGUUCAUUUGGAAAAAAAAGUACACACACUUGGCGCGAUAGUAGACUGCACUGUUCUGGUCUUUACCUUUGGAAUUAGAACCCUGGACGGGAACCGAAAUGGAAGCGCACUUUAAACAAAGGCCCGUUCAUCGGAGCAUAUCGUUGUUACUCAAAGAUAUCGAUGAAAUGUCCCUUGCCGAAGUCGGAACUUCGAAUCCGGCAAUAAACGACGAUGACAACGGCACAGUCAGCACAGCACCGAUAGAUUUAAACUUCGACAGUAGUUUGGCCUGCUACUCGCUGGCCGAAGAGUAUGAUGAGAAUCUCGGCUUUUCCGACUCGAUCACCAUCGUAUCGAUGGGUGGUGAGGGUCCAGUCGUGGUGCAACGGAAAGACGGCGACGUCGAUAGCAUUGCAACGGAAUCGGAAAUUCCGUACUCAUGCGUACACAACCCACCGGUUAAGUUUAAUUCAAUGCACAGGAACAUCUUCGUUCCCGGCCUCGAAAUCAAUGUUGAGAUUAUAGACUACGAGCGCAGCUCGACGGCGCAUAUCUUAAACCCCAAUCUGUACACGAUUAAGUUCACACACGGUCAGUUUUCCUGGACAAUCAAAAAGCGCUACAAUCACUUUCGAAACCUGCACCAACAGCUGACAACGUUUCGAACGUCACUCAACAUUCCGUUUCCCACCAAGAGUCACCGAGAACGACGAACUAGUUUUAGGAAUAUGCACAAUGUGCACCAAUGCACAGCUUCGCCAACGAUGCAGAUGAAACUGGACAAACCAAACAAGAAGCGGAAACGAAGUGCUCUGCCAAGAUUCCCACUGAAACCUGACUCUCUAGUGUCUUUCGAUGCCAUUCCCGAGCGUAAGAAGCAGCUGGAGGAAUAUCUGUAUAACUUGCUGAAUAUCUCCUUGUAUCGAAACCAUCAGGACACGAUAAAUUUUCUCGAAGUGUCGCACAUUUCUUUCAUCGCCGCACUUGGUGAGAAGGGCAAAGAAUGCCUAGUGAAGAAGUGCACCGGAUCCACCCGUGCUGGACAAGCCGGGUUCAAUUGUUGUGGGUGUCUAACGGCUGGAUGCUGCAUCCGAUGCAGCUACUUCUGCUCGGAUGUCGUUUGGAGCAAGUGGCGAAAUAGGUGGUUUUUUGUAAAGGAAACCUGUUUCGGUUACUUUCGUCCGAAAGAUGGUGUGCUACGAUGCGUUGUGCUCUAUGACCAGGGUUUCGAUAUAUCCUCGGGCAUGUACAGUACCGGAAUGCGCAAUGGUUUGCAGAUUGUGACCAACAGCCGCUACUUGGUGAUCAAGCAUCCUACCCGUCGGACGGCCAAAGAAUGGAUGUCAUUUAUGAAGCGGGUUGCGAAUGAAACUGCGCGGGACUUUACAAUGCCGAAUCCACACCAAUCGUUUGCACCGAGCCGACCAGGAAUGCAAGCUGGUUGGUUCGUGGAUGGUGCUAGUUAUAUGAGCGCUGUGGCGGACGCUCUGGAAGGUGCUACGGAGGAGAUUUUCAUCACCGAUUGGAUGUUGAGCCCGGAAAUUCAUAUGAAACGACCAGCCAUCGACGGAGACUACUGGCGGUUGGACAAGAUUCUCAAGCGAAAAGCGGAACAAGGAAUCAAAAUUUUUGUGCUACUGUUCAAAGAGCUUGAUUUUGCACUCGGGAUAAAUAGCUACUACAGUAAACAGAAACUAGUAGAACAGCAUGAGAAUAUUAAGGUGCUCCGACAUCCGGACCAUGCCCGCGCGGGUGUUUUAUUCUGGGCUCACCACGAGAAGUUGGUGAUAGUCGAUCAGACUUAUGCCUUCGUGGGAGGCAUCGAUCUGUGCUACGGUAGAUGGGACGACUUCAAACACCGGCUGACCGAUCUGGGCAGUAUAUCCAGUAGUAACUGCAGUUCGGUUAACAACACCACAGUUCGCAAGCCAUCUACGGUAGUGGAACUGGAUGGUGGGGGUGCUGUAUCGAAUCUAAUGAGAGCUUCGAAGAACAUUGCGGAAGUAACGGCACUGGACACGGUAGACAGAGGAUUGCCGAUGUUGGAACCUGGUGAUAAGUUGCUCGUAGCGGCUGCCCAAAAGUUGGCUCAAUCGCCCCAGCCACAAAGAAAUGAAAAAGAGGAUAUGCCGGAAAACAUAAAGAAAGACACACCUGAAAUGGAACGGAAGAACAUAAUGGGAAAGAUUAAGGACAUGGGAAGAGAUCUGAAGAAUAGGAUUAUUUUGUCUGAUAGCGAAGGUGAACCAGGGAAAAGCAGCUCCAGUAGUCCCGGUUACCUAUCUGAUGAAGAAAGUAGGAAAAAGAGUAAUUUAGAAAAAGUGGUUGAGCCAAUCAACGACUUACCUCCGGAUGGUGUAUUGAGCCCAGUUCCAUUUAAAAGUAAAGUUGUAUUUGAGCUAGAUGGACAGGCCAAAUUUUGGAUCGGAAAAGAUUACAUUAAUUUUAUCGUUAAGGAUUUCUCUAACCUAGAUAUGCCUUAUGUUGAUCUUGUCGACCGCUCAACCACUGUCCGUAUGCCGUGGCAUGACGUAGCUACCGUAGUGUUAGGUCAAGCUGCCCGCGACGUCUCCCGUCAUUUCAUCGAACGAUGGAAUGCCGUUAAGUUGGAGAAAUGCCGUGAAAAUAUACAAUACCCGUACCUGCUGCCGAAAAGCUAUAACGACAUUAGAAUAGAUAGCCAGUUUUUGGAUGUUCCUUUGCAGCACGUAACUUGCCAAGUGCUGCGCAGUGCAUCCAGUUGGAACUGUGGUUUUAUAGAGCAAGAUUAUGUUGAACAAAGCAUCCAUGAAGCAUACGUACAAACCAUUUCCAAAGCGCAGCAUUACAUCUACAUUGAAAAUCAGUUCUUCAUUAGUUUGGAGUUUGGGAAUGCGACGGUGAAGAACCAGAUUGCAGAGUAUCUGUUCAAGCGCAUUAUGCGAGCACACCGGGAGAAAAAAAUCUUUCGAGUGUAUGUUGUGAUGCCUUUACUUCCUGGUUUCGAGGGGGAUGUCGGUGGUGCUUCGGGAAUCUCUCUGCGCGCCAUAACGCACUGGAACUAUACAUCUAUUUGCAGGAGUAAAAGCGCGAUUCUAACCCGGUUAAGUGCGUCAGGUAUAAAGAAUCCACUCGAGUAUAUCUCUUUCCACAGUUUACGGACGCACUCGACGCUCAAUGGUGUUCCAGUUACGGAACUGAUUUAUGUUCAUUCAAAAUUGCUAAUCGCCGACGAUAAGGUAGUCAUUUGUGGAUCGGCUAACAUCAAUGACCGUUCAUUGCUAGGUAAACGCGAUUCUGAAGUGUGCGUCAUGAUCACGGAUGAAUGCUUCGAGGAGGGACGGAUGAAUGGUGAAUCCUAUCCGUGUGGAGUUUACGCCGGGAAGUUACGCAAGUAUUUAUUUAAGGAACACCUUGGUUUGCUGGAAGCGAAUGCCAAUCGUAGUCCCGUAGACGUGACUGAUCCAGUGAUUGAUUCUUUCUGGAACGGUACUUGGCGGUGGACUUCCCGCAAGAACACUAGACUUUUCGAUGAAAUAUUCCGCUGUAUUCCGUCCGAUAAUGUGCAAUCGUUUGUGAUGUUGAAAAAGUUUCUUGAAGAGAAGAGCUUAGCACAGACGGACCCGGAUGGGACCCAGAAAGCACUGCAGCGCAUCGAGGGCAACCUAGUGGAUUUACCGCUGAAGUUUUUGUGCAACGAAAUUCUAACACCGCCAGGAACCAGCAGGGAGGGUAUUAUGCCCACCUACAUGUGGACGUAAAGGUCCAUUGUUGUAUUAUUUAAUUGUAGAAAAAGUGACAAUGCCCUUAUAGGGGACACUAGUUUCAGUUUUAAAGAAGCAUUUCAUGGGAACAAUUUUAUUUUUCUGGUUUUAACUUUGCAGUGCAACAGUUAUUAAAAGUAGAUGUUUUUUUUAUUUUAUGGUUGCCACGUACUAGUAUUGCAGAACAAAAGUGAAUUAAAAUAAAUGACUUAUUUUGCUACUGUUCGAA